AAGGUAUUAUUAUUAUUAUUGUUAUUAUCAUAUUAUUCAUAGAUCUUCCUUCUUCUUGUGGGAUAGAGAUGUCGAAAUCGCCAUGGGGGAACAUCGGAGCCUGGGCUGCCGAGGCCGAGCGGGCGGAGGAAGAGGAGCGGGAAGCGGCCGAGAAGGCCGCUGCUGCCCAGCCACCGGCCAGGUUUCCCAGCCUCAAGGAAUCCGUGACUACCGCCACCAAGCAGAAGAAAAAGACCAAGAUGACCCUGCAGGAGUUCACGAUGCAGCAGUCGAGCAAUUCCGGCUCCGCUGCCAGCCGCGGCUUGACAACGGAAGAGAUGCUCCGCCUCCCCACCGGCCCCAAGGAGCGCUCCCCGGAUGAAAUGCAGUUUGGGAGAUUGGGGGGCGGGUUUUCUAAUUAUGGAAAUCGGCCUGGAUCCGGGGGCGGUCGGCCGCGGGAGUACGAGGGUAGGAGAUCUUAUGGAUUUCAGGAUGAGGACCGGCGCGGGGGCCCGCCGCAAGCUAGGGUUUCCGAGAUGAAUCAACCGUCGCGAGCUGAUGGGGUUGAUAAUUGGGCUUCGAUGAAGAAACAAACGGUACCCGAAUACAAUUCGCCUCAAGCCCGACCGGGGGGAAAGUACAGUUCACUCGGCGGUGGUGGAGGCCCUGGAGUUGGGUCACGGGCCGAUGAGGUGGACAAUUGGGCUUCCGUUAAGAAGCCAAUUUCACAACCACAGCAACAAAGUAGAUCUUCAACCUUCGGUUCAGGAUUCUCCAGGCCCGAGCCUGAUCGUUGGACUCGGAAUGAACAGAGAUUUUCGGACUCUCCUAAAAUUGAGGUUGAAGUAGUGGCAAAAGUUAAUAAGCCUAAUCCAUUUGGCGCUGCAAGGCCGAGGGAGGAGGUAUUGGCAGAGAAAGGGUUGGACUGGAAGAAGUUGGAUUCGGAGAUUGAAGGAAAGAAGCUGCAGCAUUCGGGUAGUGGAAGCAGGCCAUCAAGUUCGCAGUCAAGUAGGCCGGACAGUCCACUGUCAAGCAAGUCUGAGGUGACAGCUGCUUUGAUGCCAGGGAUGGGUGAAGGAGCGGUAAAGCAAAAACCGAGAGUGAAUCCAUUUGGUGAUGCCAAGCCUAGGGAAGUUUUGCUUGAGGAGAAGGGCUUGGAUUGGAAGAAGAUUGAUCUUGAGUUGGAGCAUCGACGAGUUGAGAGGCCCGAGACAGAGGAAGAAAAGAAUUUAAAGGAAGAGAUUGAACACUUGAAAAAGGAAUUACUGCUAAAAUCUGGUGAUGACAAAACCAGUAUACAUGAUCUUAUACAUCAAAGGGAGGGAGAACUGGAACUGUUGGUCCGUCAGUUGGAUGACAAAGUUCGAUAUAGUCAGAAAAAUUUCGAGAGGCCAGGGUCUGGAGCUGGUAGAGGUGCUGGUUUUAAUGAGAGACCUCCUUCUCGUCCUGGAGCAAAUGAGGAGCCUAGAGCUGGGUUUAAUGAUCGACCUCCUUCCAUGCCCGGAGCAUACGAGGAACCUAGAGCUGCUUAUACUGAGAGGCCUCGUUCACGUCCUGGCACAUAUGAGGAUCCUAGACAGGAGAGACCUCCAUCCUGGGGUGGACAAUAUGAGGAUCCCAGAUCUGGCUUUGCUGAAAGACCUCCUUCACGUCCUGGAGCCUAUGAAGACCCCCGACCUGGCUCUCAUGAGAGACCCCGUUCCAGGCAGGGAGCCUAUGAAGACCCUAGAGGCAGCUUUCCUCAGAGAUCAUCUUUCACACAUGGAGGGUAUCAAGAGCCCAGAGCUGUUGACUACAAUGAGAGGCCUCGAUCACGGGGCACUACAAAUUCAUGGACAAGAUCAAGUGAUGACAGAAGAGCUAUUCAAGGUGGCGGGGGAAGAGGAUUCUUGGGCAGCAGAGACGUGGAUAGGUCGAGCUCAAGGUGGUGAUAUCUUUGACAAAUGACUGUUGAUUCUUCGAGUUCUCUUCUGCUUUGUUAGACCGCAAUAAUACUUUGGUAUCUUAUUUGUUUUCUCAUAAUUUUGCUGCGAGGAGUAGAGCUAGCAUUAUCUGAGUGCUGGCACAAGAAACUCUUGCCUUAAUUGUUGCAUCAUGAUGAUUUGUAAAAAUUGCCGUUUCCUUUUCUCUCACUGAAUAGGAUCUAUUUUUUGUAUUGUUCCCAGCUUUCUACUGUAACUCACACCUGCCAUCAACUAAGCUGGUUUUGAUCUUUCCUUUACUUUUCAACUUGCCGCACCCUUUGUUGUUAGUGUUAUCUCUGUUAUGUAUUAAUUGUUUCAACACUAUGUUCUAAUUUAAAUCCCAUUUGAGAUAAGGUGAGAUAUCUCAUCUCCUAUUGGAAUGAGGUAUUGGUUGCUCAA